AUGAAGUACUCGACAUUCCUGGCGGCGCAAUUGGCGUCGUCGGCCGCGGCAGUGAGGCUUGCACCACGAGAGAAUCCGCGAGUGGUGCGCCUAGAUACUCAGCGCCGGAACAUCGUCAACCCCGUCGCACACGACCAGCUACGAAGACGGCAAAAUGUCGUCCAGGAGACGCUGGACAAUCUCGAGACGCUUUACUUCGCCAACGCAAGCUUAGGUACUCCUGAGCAGAACUUCCGGCUACACAUCGAUACAGGAAGCAGCGAUCUUUGGGUCAACUCGGUCAACUCGAAUCUGUGCAGCCAAGGCGGCAACCAGUGCGGCCAAUCUGGCACAUACAACGCAAACGACUCGUCAACAUACAACUACGUCAACGGCGCUUUCAACAUAUCAUACGUGGAUGGAUCAGGCGCAUCGGGAGACUAUGCGACAGACACUUUCCGCCUCGGCGGGCAAACAAUAAAGGAUCUGCAGUUUGGCAUCGGCUACGUAUCAAGCUCACCAGAGGGCAUCCUUGGAAUUGGUUACACCAUCAAUGAGGUCGCUGUAGGCCGCGCAGGACUGGACCCAUACCCAAACUUGCCUCAAAAGCUGAAGGAUGAUGGCACCAUCAACUCAAACGCAUACUCUCUGUGGCUGAACGAUCUGGACGCAUCUACUGGAAGCAUUCUCUUUGGUGGCGUGGACACGGACAAGUACCAGGGCGAGCUUCAGACACUACCUAUCAUCCCAGAGCGAGGACAGUAUGCUGAGUUUAUAAUUGCCCUGACUGGAAUGGGCCGCGAUGGCAAGAAUGGCUCCAUCUUCGAGAACUCAAACGUGCCCGUCUUGCUCGACUCUGGGUCUUCGUUGAUGUACUUGCCCGAUAACGUCGCGAGCUCGCUAUACCAAACCUUUGACGCUCAGUACGACGCUUCGCAGGGGGCUGCCUUUGUUGACUGUGAUCUUGCAAACCAGCAAGGCUCUCUCGAGUUCAACUUUUCUGGUGUCCAGAUCUCCGUCCCGCUCAACGAGCUUGUCAUAGUUGCUGCUGUUAGCCGCGGACGACCCGUCUGCAUCCUCGGUAUUGGACCUGCCGGACAAUCUGUCGCUGUUCUUGGUGACACCUUCCUACGGUCCGCAUAUGUCGUCUACGACCUUGAGAACAACGAAAUAUCUCUCGCCCAGACCAACUUCAACGCUACUUCUGAAAAUAUUCAAGAAAUCCGGGAAGGCUCUGACGGUGUACCCAACGCAACCGGUGUUGCUGGUGCGGUAUCAACUGCAGCGGUCGGCACUGGCGGACCCCGAGUCAAUGGCCCUAGUGUCACAGGUGGUGGAGGUGGAAUCGAAACCUCCACUGCCGCUGCCAUGCCUGUUGCAACUGCAAACCCAUGGAUUGGCGGUGCAGCGAUCGCUGGCGCAGGUAUUCUGAUGGGCUUCAACGGCUUUUGA